AUGGCUCUUCCCACGCAAUUUGCAUAUCGAUCUACCGGAAGCGUCAAACUAAUGUCGUAUCCUACCAUAGAGGAUAUUCGAGAAAUCGAUGAGAAUGUACGCACAGUACAGUAUAGCAAGGAUGGCAACUAUUUUGGAUGGGCUACGAAUGAGUGUGUCAAGAUUAUCAAUGCCGAUACUGGCGCGCUUGUCAGCGAAAUUAGUAAGAAGAAUGUCAUUGAUAUUGGAUUCUCACCAAAGAGAACAUAUUUGUCCACUUGGGAACGACCAGUUAAACUCGAAGGGGACGUUCCCCACAAGAAUCUUAUCAUUUGGGACGUUGCUACAGGCAAUGAACUCAUAUCUUUCACACAGAAGAGCCAGAAUAAAUGGAACGUUCAAUGGACAUCAGAUGAGGCUUACUUCUGUCGCAUGGUUACAAACGAGGUCCACUUUUACGAUAACGCAAGAUUAUCAAAAGGCAUCCAUUCAAAGCUACGGUUGGAAAACAUAUCCGAUUUCGCAUUAUCGCCUGGUAGAAGCCCAGCAAUAGCUGCGUUUAUUCCCGAGAAAAGAGGAAGCCCAGCAGUUGUGCGCAUAUAUUCGAUAACGAACUUCAAUAAUGCAUUGGCACAUAAGACUUUUUUCAAAGCUGAUAAAAUUCAGAUGAAAUGGAAUGUCCUUGGAACUAAUUUAUUGGUAUUGACGCAAACUGACAUUGAUAAAACCAAUAAAUCGUAUUAUGGAGAAACAAACCUUUACUUCCUCUCGGUAGCCGGCAAUUAUGAUUGUCGUGUUGAUCUCGACAAGAAAGGACCCAUUCACGAUGUUACAUGGAGCCCUAACUCAAAGGAAUUCAUAGUAAUCUAUGGAUUCAUGCCUUCGAAGGUGACUCUCUUUGACCACCGCGCGAAUCCAGUUCAUGAAUUUGGUAUUAAUCCACGAAACACUGCACAGUUCAACCCUCAGGGACGACAUAUCCUUAUCAUUGUACAACACAGUUCUUUUCACAUCAUUGGCCUCCUUAACUCUAUUGUUCCUCUUCAAUCAACAUCUCUACUCAUUUACAUAGCGGGCUUUGGUAAUCUCUCGGGAACGGUGGACGUCUGGGAUCGACAAACAUUAAAAAAGCUUAACACAUUCGAAGCACCGGAUACAUCAGAAUGCACAUGGUCACCGGAUGGGAGGCAUAUUAUGACAGCGACAUUGAGUCCGAGACUAAGAGUGGAAAACGGAUAUAAAAUAUGGCACUAUUCUGGUAGCUUAAUGCACAUGAAAAGUGUGGAAGAGUUGUGGCAGGUUGUCUGGAGACCAGCAUCUGUUGAAUUGUAUCCAAUGAGAACAACCCUAUCGCCUCCACCAAAACCAAUUGGAGAUGGAACUCAGAGUACUGUUAAACCUCCACCCAAACCCGUUGGUGCUUAUCGGCCCCCACAUGCACGCGGAACGGCAACGCCACAGAUGUUCAAGCGUGAAGACGAAACGCCGAGUGGAUCUCAAUUAGAUAGUAGUAAGGCUCAGAAGCCCGCUGCCACUGGUGAGACAUCGCCAAGUAAAGUGGCAACAAAGAAUAAGAAGAAACGUGAGGCAUCUAAGAAAAAAAGAGAGGAACGAGAGGAACCUGGCCAAUCAGUUACUAAUAGCAACGCACCUUCGACUGGAGCUGCAAACCAAGUUACGGUAACUCCUGCAGGUGCACAAACAGAAACAGAGAAGAAGAUUAAGACGAUUACGAAGAAACUUCGACAAAUUACAGAAUUAAAAGAACGUCUAGCUAGAGGUGAUCAAUUAGAGCAAACUCAAAUUCAGAAAAUCUCUAGUGAGGCAACGUUAAUAAAAGAGCUGGAGCAACUAAAAAUCCAAAGUUAA